AUGCAUUUUUUGCAUAACUUCUUGCUUGCUUCACCGAGGACUGCUCGUAUCCCUUUGAAGGACUUUGACGUAGUUGAUUCGGCUGAUUUGAACGACUAUCCAUGGGGUAUUGACGUUUUCAAGUACACGUUUGAUUCUUUGUCAAAAAGAGCUGUUCUUAGUCCGGGAUCUCUUAUUAUUGAAGACAACAUUUACCAGUAUCGACUUCAAGGUUUACCAUAUGCACUGGUAUGUUGGUUCUACGAGUGUUGCCCGGCGGUGGAAAAUACCUUUGCUCAGCUAGUGAACAAAGAUGCUAUCCCGCGGAUUCUGAGGUGGAAAGCAUUCGUUCCUGCAAAAUACAUUGAUGUUGACAGGGAUUUAUUUGUUGAGAUUGCAUCCGAUGAGAUGAUUUUCCGAUCAAUUGUUCCAACCCCGGCAGAGAUGAAUGCCCUUCGUCUAGGUGACUUAUUCAAAAAAAUUAAGGGAAACGAGGAGGGUUAUUGUCCGGCAUUUAAUAUAUUGAAGGACGGUGAAUCAACGUCGAACACUUCGAAUUUAAAUGUUAUGGAAGAGAGGCUGGAAAUUUUGAUGGCUGGUCAAAAGACGAUUAAGGAUGAUAUAAUGGAUUUGAAACGUUUAUUCACUUCCAAAUGUUCCGAACUUUUGACAGUUGUCAAUUCAUUGAAUGAUAGGCUAACUCUGAUUGGUGAUUCUAAAACGGUUGAAAUUGAGAAACAUGAUGUUUCUGAUGGCUUGCAGACAAGGGUUGACAAAGGAAAAAAGGUUGUUCUUCCUGCAGAGGACAUUUCAGUGAAACCAAGUAAAAAUGGUACUUCUAUAGUAACGGAACAAGAAGAAAGGGAUGGUAGGGAGUCUGUUGUUCCUGUUUCUGCUGAUACUAAAGCUACUUCCAGCAAAGAAAGGGAUGGUAGGGAGUCUGCUGAUGAAGAAGAAGGUGCUGAAAAAGUCGAAUUGGAAGAUUUGGUUUGCGAGAAGGCUGUACUUGAAGGCAAGGAUGACCGUGGUGAACCUUGUGUUAUUGUUUCUUCCGAACACGUUGAUGUUAUCUCUCCGAAUUUUGAGGUUUCGCGACAAAGCGAGUUGAAUUUAAAAUCUCCACCAGAUGACACCAUCAAUCAGACUAAAAAAAAUGCAAGUGAAUCGAUUGCUGAAUUCAAAUCAAAGGAGUCUGGUCCUUCUUCAAGCCGCUUCAUACCGACGCAAACUGGUUGUAAAGUCCGUAUUUGUCCAUUUGAUGCUAAUCACAUUUUAUUCAGUGAUGCCACCAAACAAGACAUCAUUCAGAAUUGGCUGGAAGAAGGACGUCCUAAAGGGGCCAAGUUCGUAUCUCGACUAACUUUUUUCAGUUCUGUUUUAAUGCUCACUUAUUUAAUUUUUUUUUCUUUGUUUGUUUAGAAGGCAAAGCUGGAUAUACGAUCCAAAGAUUGAUAAAUUCCAUCCUCGUCUUUCUCUUGGCGUGGUUGAUAUUGAAACGAAAUCCUGGUUUUACCAUCUCUACCACGUUGGAAAGCCUCUUGAGUGUUCUGUAAGUAUAUCCAUAUUUCUUUUAUUUGUUCUUUUUAUUUUAUUUUAUGUGUUUAUUAUUUGAAUUACUCACGAUAGUUUUGUUAAUAACAUUGUUGUGACUGUAUGGCUACUUAACCUUGAAUUUUGUUUAUUUGGCAGCAUGUAGAUGUUCUCUUUUAUUAUCUGAGAAAG